AUGGAGAGGGAAGGCGGAAAGUCUGAGGUUAUUUUGACUAUUGUGACAGAACCUCAGUUUACACAGCAUUGUAGAGAAUAUCUUGAGAAGCAGCAGCUCCUGGACAAGCGUCACCGAGUGAAGCAGCUGCCAGAUGGUACCAUGGCGCUUCCUAUUGUAGGAGAGACCCUCAGUGAGCAGCACCUCCUAGCGCUGAGACAGCAAGGGACCCCCCAGAACACCUGCAGGUUGGUGCGCAUCCUGAAUCCCAUUCCCUCCAAGAAAGCUCAGAGAUGUCCUCCUGCACAGAAGCUAUGCCAGGAGCUUCGGUGCCUGGUGGAAAGUCGAGGACACACGUGGUCCACUGAGCUAGAGAAAGAUCUUCCCCGCUCCUGGCAACGACAUGGAGACCUCCUCUUGUUCAGUGAGGACAGCUUCAAAGAUCCCCAUUGGAAAAAACUGGAACCAGGGCUCUGGAAGACAGUAGCCUCUGUACUGGGAGCCCAGCGCUUGGCAAAGCGAGGGCGUGUGUCACCAGGUGGGACACGAACUCCGAAAGUAAUCCUGAUGCUGGGUGACCAUGGUUGGGUGGAGCAUGUGGAUAAUGGCAUCAGGUACACGUUUGAUGUGACUCAAAGCAUGUUCUCCUUUGGAAACAUCACUGAAAAGCUGCGAGUGGCAUCAAUGUCCUGUGCAGGAGAAGUGCUAGUGGAUCUCUAUGCUGGAAUUGGCUACUUCACUUUGCCAUUCCUAAUUCAUGCAAAUGCUGCCUUUGUUCAUGCUUGUGAAUGGGAUCCUCAUGCUGCAGCAGCCUUGAGAAAGAACCUGGAGCUCAAUGGUGUUUCCGACCGCUGCUGUAUACACCUUGGUGAUAACAGGAAGCUAAAGUUACAGAGCAUUGCAAACAGGGUAAACUUGGGGCUCAUCCCCACCUCAGAGGAGGGCUGGCCCACUGCCUGCCAAGUACUGCGCCAGGACACUGGCGGCAUCCUGCAUAUCCACCAAAAUGUGGAGUCUUUCCCAGGGAAGGACCUUCAGCUACCCAGCAGCAGUGAGGCAGGGGAGAAGUUGCAGAUAGCUGCCAGAAAUUCUGGGAGACAAACACUAGCAAAGGUCCCUAAACUAGAAUGGAGAAAGUGGGCUGAAGUUGUGGCUGUUCGCAUUAGAGACCUGCUUUUGCAGCUUCAUGGGAAGCCAUGGGAGACCCAAAUCUUGCAUAUUCAGCCAGUGAAAUCCUAUGCUCCCCAUGUGGAUCACAUAGUCUUGGAUUUGGACUGUCGCCCCCUCUCUUCUUCUGGGAAGGGAGUUGAGAAAGCUGAGAAGAGCUGCAACUAG